GCCUAGCACCCCGAAUAGAAACCCGCCUCCAUCCCUCUCUCUCCUCUCCCCCCGUCCCCCAUCCCCUUCCCUCGCAACUUGCGAUUCCCAAAUCCCGAUGCGCCCUCGCGACUAGCGCCUCCGCCUCCACCCCUCUUCCACACCUCACCUUGUCACCAGGACGGGACCACCGCCGCCGCGUCCUAUGACGUCGCCGUCCUCGCACCACCCGGACUCCUCCUCGGCGUCCUCCACCCCGCGCGCCGGGGUCGCCAACGGCAACGGCAACGGCGGCAACCACCACCACCACCACCUCCACCCGCCGCCUCUGCCCCCGGCGCCCGCGCCCACCCCGGCCGCUCCACCCGCGCAGGCGCAGGCGGGGCACGGGGGCCCGCUGGUGCGCCUCAUGUGCAGCUUCGGCGGCCGCAUCCUGCCGCGUCCGGGGGACCGCCAGCUGCGCUACGUCGGCGGGGAGACCCGCAUCGUGUCCUUCCCGCGCGCCGCGGCCUCCUUCGCCGCCCUCGUCGCCGCGCUCGCCAAGGCCGCGCCCGCGCUCUUCGCCCCCGGGGCGCCCAGGCCGUCGCUCAAGUACCAGCUGCCCCAGGACGACCUCGACUCGCUCAUCUCCGUCACCUCCGACGACGACGUCGACCACCUCAUGGACGAGCUCGACCGCAUCCACGACCUCUCCGCCAACGUCGCCAGGCCGCCACGCCUCCGCGUCUUCCUCUUCGCGCCCGCGCCCGACGCCGCCUUCGGCUCCGUCCUCUCCGGCACCGCUGGCGAGGCCGCCGCCUCCACCGACCAGUGGUUCGUCGACGCGCUCAACGCCCCCGCGCCGCCCCCCAUCGAGCGCGGCCGAUCCGAGGCCUCCUCGAUCAUCUCCGAGGUCCCCGACUACCUCUUCGGCCUCGACACCGCGUCCGACGAGCCCAGCCCAGGCCCCGCGGCGGCCCGCGCCAAGUCCGACGCCGCGGAGACUCCGCGCCACCACGGCGACGACGAGGACGACGUGCCGCCUUCCGCGCGCCAGAUGCCGUACGUCACAGAGGGAGCGUCAUCGUGGCCCGCCCCGCCGCCGCCGUACAUGGCGCAGCCUGUGUACUACUUCCCCGUGCCGCCGCCGGUCCACUACCUCGACCCGUCUGCGCAGGGCGGCUACAUGCCUCGCCCGGUCUACCACAUUGUCGGUAGCGGAGGAAGCGACGCGCCUGGCGGAGAUCUUCACGCGGCCGGCAGCGUUGGCAGCGUCUACGGCGUUCCGCACCACAUGCACGCGUUCCCGCCGAUGAUGUACCCGCCGCCGCGCGCGGUCGUCUACAACUACAAGUCGGAGGGGAUGCCAUCGCUGCCUCCGGAAGGUGGGGCACACUCUUCCUAGGCGCAUCGGCUGCUUCGCAUCUCUGGAUCCUGAUUAUUACUGCAGAUGCCUAAGCUAAGGAGUUUUGAAUUGAUGCGUUCGUGGUAAAAUUUUUAUGGUUUCGUCUAGUUCUUGUUGGUUGGUGUAUAGAUGAGGGACGGUGGAUGAUGGAUGGAUAUUGCAGUUUUCGUCUGGUAGAAAUAUAUUCAUGAAAUGUAUCUAUGGGUAUAAUAUGAUACUAGUACUAAGUAGUAUAGUAUUCAGUGUGAUUAAUUAGUACCGAGUUAAUGUAAUGUGGGAUUCAUAUAUUCUAGGUGGUUCUGCUCUCUGGAGGCCAAGUUUGGCUAUUUUAUAUUUACAUAAACUGGAUGUUGGGAGAAUGUUUUAAGCAACAUAGUGUUGUUGGAACCUCAAUCACUGAUGAGUGGUUUACAAAAUUUGAAACUGCUGGACUUC